AUGGCUUCAGAGACUUUAGGGGAUUCCGCCGGUGAUGAUUUGAUUGCGAAAGCGAGGGACCGAUGGACGGAGAAAAGCAUAGUCUACACGCGGAGAAACCGCAAGAAUGCCCCCAAAACCUCCAUUAAUGACGAUAGUGCCGCCACCACAACAGCCUCCGUUCGUGAGAACCCAUCGUCCGUAGUCCUCACUGCCUCGACAAAUUCCAUCCCCGCCCGAACUGAGGUCUCCACUGCCGUCUCCUCUGCUGAUGCGUCCCUCUCUCCACCACCCGCCGCUGCCACCUGUCCGGCCCAAGAUUCCGGGAAUGGUUUAGUAAUAAAGGAGAAAGACAGUGGCUCCUCUCUCCAGUCUCAAGACGUGCAAGAACAACCACAACAUGGGCCGUCAGAUGCCAAUGAAGAUUCUCGGAUUCAAACUCCCGAGCCGCUUAAUUUAGAGGGCUUGCCAUCGCCUGAUGUCAACAAAGCUCAAAAUUUAGAAAAUAUACCGCCAGAUGGAAAUGAGGAGUCGGGCUCGCUUCAAAUGCCCCAAGUUAAGGGAAAUGGCGUCGUGAAGCCUCUCGUUAUAUCCAGCGUUGAUGAUAGGAUAAGAUUUAACUUAAGCAAGGCUACGGCAAAGGAUGAUAUCAAGGAUUUUAGGAGGACGCUGCUUAGCGAACUUGAACAGGUUUCCAGGCUCGUUAAGGAGCUUGAGGCCAGGGAACUUCAGAUUGCGCCGACCAACACUCAGAUUAGCAAUAAUGAUGUGAGUAACAUUAGUAAUUAUGUUGCUGCCAAUGGGUCCAGCUUUAGUGGUUACAGCUAUCCUCAAACCCAGCUAGCCCGGAAUGAGGUGGCGGACCGGAGGCUGCUGGUGAGAGUGAAUCCAGAGGUGGGUCCUCUCGGGAACCCUGAGCCAAGACAUGUGGGAUUAUCAAGAGUGAAUUCUGACAUGGGUGCUGCCCGGAUUAUUGAGCCGAGGCCUUACAGCCGGCAAUUGAGUGUGGCUGUUAUGGAAAACAAUAACAGGGGGAGUGAGUUUGUCGAGAAGGAGAAGCGCACGCCAAAGGCAAACCAGUUUUACAGAAAUUCUGAAUUCCUCCUGGGGAAGGACAGGCUGCCACCCGAGAACAACAAGAGGCUUAAGACAGGCAAUGGGAGAAAACAUGGUGGGGACAAUGAGCAUGGCUUUGGUUUUGGGUUCGAAAAGAGCCGGAAUCAGAUGUUCAAGAACUGCAGCAGCCUGCUCCAGCGGCUAAUGAAGCACAAGCACGGGUGGGUGUUCAAUGAGCCGGUUGACGUAAAGGGCAUGGGACUGAUCGAUUAUCAUGACAUCAUCAAGCACCCCAUGGAUUUGGGCACAAUCAAGUCGAGACUGUCUCAGAACUGGUAUAAAUCCCCACGGGAUUUUGCGGAGGACGUCAGGCUUGUUUUCCGUAAUGCUAUGACUUACAAUCCCAAGGGGCAGGAUGUCCACAUCAUGGCUGAGCAAUUGUCUGAGGUUUUUGAAGAGAGAUGGGCUAUUAUUGAGGCCGAGUAUAAUUCGAAUUGGAAACAUCGCAUGUACCAUGAUGGGAGGAUGCAGGUUCCCUUUUCUAGAAAGGCUCCUCCUCAGAAUCCCUACGGGCCUGGUUCGAUAUCUUUGUACGUGCCUCCUGGGACACAAUUGAGAGCUUUUGAUAGGCCUGAGCUUGCUGUUUCACCCAUGUCUGUCGAUCCCAAAGCUCAACAGCCUCAUGCUGGGCGGACGCCUGUCCCAAAGAAACCCAAGGCGAAGGAUCCAGAUAAAAGGGACAUGACUUACGAGGAGAAGCAGAGGCUUAGCAAUAACCUUCAGGGAUUGCCUUCCGAGAAGCUCGAUGCUAUUGUUCAGAUCAUUAAGAAGAGGAACACUGCACUCUCUCAACAUGAUGAUGAGAUCGAGGUGGACAUUGACAGUGUUGAUCCGGAAACACUUUGGGAGCUUGAUAGGUUUGUCACUAACUACAAAAAGAGCUUGAGCAAGAACAAAAGGAAAGCUGAGCUUGCUCUUCAAGCGAGAACAGCUUCUAAUCAGAAUGUUGUUUUGAAGAACUCAGUUCCACCUGUAGUGGAUCAGAUUGGACGUGGGUCAGCUUAUGAAAGGAGUACUGGUCAGCCUGCUGAUGGUGACAAUCAGGUUAAUAAUGGAAGUAGAUCUAGCAGCUCAAGUAGUUCGAGCAGUGAUUCUGGAUCAUCUUCAAGCGAUUCGGACAGCGAUAGUUCCUCUGCAGAUGGAUCAGAUGGGGGGCAUUCACCUAAGUCAUAA